UUUUGACAAUUUUCAACACAUUUUUUGACCAUUACGGUGACGCCACUUGUAACCUCUGUAUCUCUUAAACCAACUGAUUGAUCACAUAGCAGUUGCAUACAUUAUGUAUGUAUGAUAGAUACAUACAUCACUCCGCUUUCUUCCUCUCUUUAACUCCAAAACUCAAACACCUUUACUGGAAGCUCCGUUGAAAGAUAAUUAAAAUGUCUCUAUCCUCCUCCCACCUUUCAACCACUGUAGUAGUAGUAGUAGUAGUAGAGCCUCGAGAUCAAUGCAGAAGAGCCUCCGUUCCAACGUUUGAAUCCACCAGCUCGAUUUGUUUCCGUGGAGGCCUUUGGAGCUCGGAGCUGCCUUCUCCUCCGAAGCUUAGAACUCGGUGCGUGGGAAUCUCCGGCGGCAGAUCGGUGCCGGAAUGGACGUAUACCGGAUCCAAAGACGAGACCUUUAGCGAUUUUGAGCUCGAUUUUAACAACGGCGGAGAUGAUGACGACGGUGGAAAUGGGGAUAGUGGGGGUAACAAUGGAGGAGAUGAUGGUGGAGAUAAAGCAGAGGAGAAGGAGUUUGGUCCGUUACUGAAGUUCGACGAAGUUAUGAAAGAGACGGAGCGGAGAGGGAUUGGGAUUGCAUUACCGGAGGAUAUGUUGGAGGCUGCCAAGUCUGUUGGGGUUCGGAAACUCUUCCUUCUUCGUUAUCUCCAUCUACAGGGAUCUGUAUGGCCGCUUGGGUUUCUGAUGAGGGCAUGCUCCAUGCUUCGAAACAGAAUGCUUGCAGAUCCUUCCUUUCUCUUCAAAGUUGGAACCGAGGUAGCGAUAGACUCUUGCUGCGCGACGUUCGCGGAAGUGCAGAAGAGAGGGGAAGAUUUCUGGUCUGAGUUUGAGUUGUAUGCUGCUGAUCUUUUGGUUGGUCUUGUGGUUGAUGUCGCUUUGGUUGGACUUUUGGCUCCUUAUGCUCGUAUUGGGAAGACAUCUGUGGCAUCGUCAACGGGUUUGUUUAAGGGACUUAAGCGUUCUUGCGCCGCCCUUCCUAGCAGUGUUUUUGAAGCUGAAAGACCGGGUUGUAAGUUCUCGGUUAACCAGCGGAUUGCAACUUUCUUCUACAAGGGGUUCUUGUAUGGUUCGGUUGGAUUUGGCUGCGGUCUCAUUGGUCAGGGAAUUGCAAAUCUGAUCAUGACACCAAAACGGAGUAUAAUGACAUCAGAUGAAGACGUCCCUGUUCCACCUCUAUUCAAAACUGCUGCUCUCUGGGGUGUGUUCCUUGGCUUAUCUUCCAACGCACGUUACCAGAUCAUCAACGGGCUUGAACGCGUCGUGGAAGGCUCUACAGCAGCCAAACGCAUUCCUGUGGUCGCCAUGUCGUUUACGGUUGGAGUCCGGUUUGCUAACAAUGUAUAUGGCGGCAUGCAGUUUGUGGAUUGGGCUAAAUUAUCCGGCGUUCAGUAGUCAAACCGGCUCGGUUUUGUCACGAACCGGUAUAUGCAAACCAGCCUUAGGGUUCAUGAUCUGGAGUCUGGACCGAAUUCUUCUAACCGGAUUACUCGACCGGACCGGUACAAGACCUUCCAACUUUCCUUAGUAGUCUGCAGUAAGUAAUAAAUGACGGUUUGUAUCAUUAAAUUAGGAAAACUAAAACGUUUUUUCCAUUUUCUGAUUUAGUGUAAAAAAGAAAAUUUCCAUU